AUGAAAGCUAAGAAUCAUAACUCUUGCCAUAUGUUUACAAAAGAUGAUGAUGAAAUGUUGACGAAAAUAACUGAAGAAUACAUGAAACUACAUAAGCAUAUCAAUUGGGAUGAUAUUUCAAAACAAAUGGUAAACAAAAACCCUCGUCAAUGUAAAGAUAGAUGGUUUUACUAUUUGAAUGACAAGAUUGAUAAGAGUCCUUUUACUCCAACAGAAAAUUACAUACUAUUAUGGUCAAUUAAUCAAAUUGGUAUGAAAUGGACUCAAUUAACCCAGUUAUUCCCAAAUAGAACAGAUAUAACAAUCAAAUCACAAUACAGAAAGUUGAUGCGUCGUAAUGCAACACUAGAAAAUGUAUUUACUUUAGAUACAGAAAAAUAUUAUAAACAACCAAGAAAAGAUGAAGAUGAUGAAAACAUCAGAUCAUUAAAUGAAUUGGAUCAAUUAUUUGCUACAUUUGAAACUGAAUUUAUUUCAAUUUAA